CCUGACGCUCACCUGGAGGGGUGCCCUAGCGGCCAAAGCAAAAGGCGGGGGCUGCCCUGGUCCCCUGGGUGAUGAUGGCUCACUUCCACCUGCCCAACAGGUGAGCCCUGUGUGAGCUGGUGUUCACAGCCACCUCCGGGAUGAUGAUGCUACAGAUGUUCCCUCCAGGUAGUCAAAUCCCAAACAUCCUUCAGCACCAGCUCCUAGCAGAGCCCCAAUGAGUCCUCGGGACCACGCGAGACCCUCCUUUCCCGCACCCCUGUCCCACCUGUUGCCUCUGUUGCAUCCCUGUCCUCCCAGCAGUCCUGGGAGGCUGUCAAUCAUCCCAGGGUUCAGCUGUGACCCUGAACUUGUGCUUGGGGCUUCCAGCGGGCACACACUUGCUGCGCACGCUGUUCAGGCCCUCGCAACAACGUCUGGGAGAGAAGUUUGAGAUCACACCCGUUCCAACGAAGAAAUGACCCUGGGGAGAGACCUCAGCCAUGGGGAAGGCCGGUUUUGAGCUCAAAUCUGCGGCCAGGUAUUUAGCAGAACGUGGGGCAGAAGUUUUCUUCAAACAAAUGGAACAUAUCCCAGAACUUUGUUAACAUGGACAACUUUACACCAAGAGAUGAUGACUCCAGCAAGCAUUCCAGACGUAGCAACAAACUACAGAAAGGUUUUACUGCUGCAUAUCCAACACAAUAUUCUAUUCCUUUUACAUUAAGAACUUCAGUUAUCCCAGAAUCAGAAAAAAAGGGAUUUAACAGCCAAGCCAAGAGAUUUUAUCACAAAAAGGAUGACAACCCGGGUCCUGGGUUCUACAACGUUAUCCAUCAGUCUCCGGUAUUCAACAGCGCCUCACUUUCCAAGAGAGGAACGUGUACUUUUCCCUCCACGUGUGCCCGGCUGGGCAACAUCAUUUCUAAAUAUCCUGCGGCGAAUGCGUACACCAUCCCGUCAGAAUUGGUGUCAAAGAAGGACUUCAGCAAUUCCUGUUCCAGCAUGUUCCAGCUACCAAGCUUCAUCAAAGUAGACAAAUCGGAAACUCCUGCACCCAACAAUUAUAAUGUCUCCAUCUCUUGCUGCAGACAGAAAAACAACGUCUCUGCUCGAGCUGGGUUCCUAUCAAAAACUCAAAGAGGAUCCUUCCCUGUGGCCAGAUUGGGACCUGCACCAGGCCAUUACAAUGUCAACGAAUCCCUGGUAAAACAGUCACCAAAGGUCUUAGUGUCCUGCUUCAAGUCUAAAACUGACCGUGGAAUAAAACUGACAUCAACAGGCCCUGGGCCUGGUUACUAUGACCCCAGCCAUCACAUCAAGGUUCAGAAAAAACCUCAUAUCCCCCACAUACAAGCCAGAGUUCCCAGGGAAGCAGUCCUUCCUCUACAACGAGGACAACAAAUGGAUCCCAACAAUAUAGCAAUGCCACAGGAGCUCAGGGAGAAGCCCGGACAGACCCCCACCGACCCCUGCUCUCCAGGACCAUUAACAGGAGAACAUGUGUUUCCUCUGUGACACCUGGCUAGGGUCACAAUCCAACUGACAUUGUCUGGAGCUGCCUCUUGGAGAUUGCCCACACCGACUGCUCCCGUGCUUUCCUGAGCAGAAGCAGGGGUGGGUAGUGCCCUCUGGCUACUUCCAUGCAUCCUUCAAACUGACUCUGGUGACUCCCUUCCUCAGAGUUAGGGGAUCCUCAAGCAUUGACUCUGAAGUAGAGCUCAACCUGUUGCCGAGGCAACCUGUGGCAGAUUCCCUGCUUAGAAGACAAUCAGCCAGGGCUCUGGGGCCUGGUUCAUUGGCCCUGACUUCCGGACUUGCCCUUGACUUCUAAGAGACAGGGAGGUUCAGAGGUGCCUGCAACACAAACACAGGGGUGUUCCUCAGACCCCUCAUCCCAAGUGAUGGCUUGGUAUUGCACAGGAAGACCAUGGAGGCCAGUCAUAAGUCGCUAACUCCAGAGAGGCUGCCCCAUCCAUUUACAGGCUCUGUGUUUAACAGCAGGCAAGACAGGACCCAGCUGGAGCCAGAUGCCAGAAACUACAGUCCCCACUGUGACCCCUGCCUGUGUGUUCUCGCUUCCCUGACUUUUCCUUUGCCUGGGUCUGGUCUCCAUUGUCUCCCUGAUUUCCCACUCCAGUGUCAGAGCAAGCCUUGCUCAUCAGGUUAAACAGUGUCUCUAACAAAUUUUGUCUUGCCUGUCAAAUCAUUUUUCCCUGGCCAGAAGAAGAGGUGACCAAGAGCCAAGAUGAAAUUGAACUAGCCACACAUCUUCUCUUUCCCUAGACAUCUAGGGAUGUUUGUGACUUUUCUGAUUUGGGAGUCUCUCUGAGCUCCCCUUCCUUCCCCCAGCCCCUGAUCCCAAUUCCAUG